CGGACAUUGGCAUCCAGUGUCUUGACGUUCUGGCGUUGGACACGCAGCAUACUUUCAAUGCUACCCAGCUUGAUUUGCAGUGUGGCGUUAUCUUUCUCUGCGUGUCCCAGCUUGACCUUGAGGUUGGCAAUGCUGACGUCUUUUUCAGUUAGCUUGGACUCAAAAACAGCCAACUUGCAACGCAGGGUUUCGCUCUCGACCAUCGCCUCGCUGGGCUGGGAAGCAUGUGCGGUCUCAGCUUUGGUGAGCGCUUGCUUGGUUGCAACAGGUGCCUGCGCAGGCUUUGUCUUAAUAAGCCCAGUCUUCGCAUUUGUCCUAGUAGUGUGUGAGGCGCUAGAAGCGUUGGUGGUUUUGUUCUGCUUGAGAGCGGGGUUGGCGGCAACAUUGGACUUGGCUUCAGCCGUGGGCGUGAGAGCCCAGUUAACACCACAGAUGAUUAUGAAGGCCGGGGCAAGGCUGAGCAGAAUACAUGCCUUGCCGAUCGUGGAGACCAGUUUGGUUACCGUUUUCAAGGUAAAUAAAGUGAAAACAAUAAUAAAAAGAUAAAGAAAUUCAAUGAAAUCGCGUAAAAGUAAACAAACAGAAAACGCUAACUUGAUGGGAUGAAAAUGACCUUUGAGAAAAGACAAGCAAAAACUACGGAAAUGGUUCGGUGGGUUUUAGUAGAGUCCAAGGGGCGAUGAGGGGUGGUGCACAAGUGAAUAAGAAUUGUAUGAGAAAAGUUGAUAAUAAAAUAAAAAA